AGCAGAUUUGAAUUGUUUGCGUCAGUUUGCGUGAUUUCGUGUGGAAGCUUUUGAAUGUGUUUCAACAGACAGCGGGGCAGCAGGGAGAAGCGCGCUCAUCGGGAUGGACGGCGGGGCUUCCAGCGACGUGUUUUUUCUGCCCGAGGAGAAGUUUGACUUCGACGUGUCGCUGUCCCCAUGCAGCACUGCGGAUGAAGAUGAGGACGAGGUGUUUGUGGGUCCGGUCAGCCAUAAGGAGCGCUGCGUUUCUCAAGCCGUGGCGUCCAGGCUGCAGAGCGAAGGCGUGCAGGCGAGCUGGAGCCCUUUGACCGGCGAGCAGCUGGAUGCUAUUUGUCAGGAAGCACACAAGCUGGCCAAUGAGCUGCAGAGCAGCGAGCCGGCCGGCGGCACCGCCGCCGACACUGAGGACUUCAUCCAGGACGGCGAGGCCAAGCUGGGGGUGCUGGACCCUGCUGCCCGCGUGCUGAGCCCGGUGAAGCGGGAGACCUUCUGCGUGCAGGACAGUCCCAUGAAGCUGCUGCCGCCCGCCGUCCAGCGCCAGGUGCUGAGAGGCAGCGGCAGCAGGGCAGCGCGGGCCAGCUGCAGUGCAGCUUCAACAUCCCUCCUCUCCGCCUCCGCCUCAUCGUCACGCCCCUCCACCUCCUCUUCCCGCCUCUCCACCUCCAGCCCCAGAGAUGGAGCCAAGGCUCCGGCCCGGCCGGCGCUGCGGGGGAAAGCGGCGAUGGGCGGCUCCGCCGUGCUGCCCAACAAGCUGCCCGCCAUGCACAGCUCCGGUUCAGCCAGCAGGGGCAGAAUGGAGAGAACCCGACUGCAGCCACCGAGCAAAGUGGCGUGCGGUUCGAAGCGAAGCCCCACCUCCCGUCGCUCCACUCGCUCCCAGUCGUGCGAGGAUCUCCUUUCUGACACGGAGAGUGUGACCUCUAACCUCAGCGACUCCUCCGUCGGCUCCUGCACGUCGGGGAAACGCGUGAUGGCUCCGCCCACCAAGACUGUUGGCGUGAGGAGCACAUCAGGAGGUAAAGCUCCGCCCCUUCAGAACAGGAGGAACACGUCCUCGUCUUCGUCCUCGGUGUCCAGCUUCAACUCCAGCACGUCUCUGUCCCCGGCUCAAGGUAAAGUCGGCUCCUCUCUGAACUGCAGUCUCAGCGGCGGCCCUGGCCCCGCCCCCGGCAGCGUCCCCAGAGCGGCCAACCCGGGCCAAGCGCGCCGCUCCACAGUGGAGCCGCCGCGGCCCGCCACCGCUGGCCGCCGCUCGCUGUCCACACACCCCAGGCUGCCGGAAGCGGAAUGUGUGAAGGCGGCCAGACGGUCGCUGCUGAAGAGGGCCGACUCCACGCCCGCCCAGGCCACGCCCAGCAAGAGGCCGGCGGAGCGGCAGUCCGGCCGGCCUCAGGGCCCGCUGAGGGCCACGGCGCUGCCGACGCCCGGCACCGCCGGCAGAGCAGCAGCCGGCGUCUCCAGUGUGCCGAAGCCGAAGAGGCUGAUGUCCCUCAGCAGCUUGGACAGUCUCCCUCAGAAGCCGUCGGCCGGUCCUCUGACGCCCUCUGCGGGCGGCUGUGCGUCGCUGCAGGUGAAGGCCCGCCGCCCCUCCGCCCUCCCCACGCCGGUGAGACGCAGAGUGUCCGCCAUCCCGUCCCCACGGUCCACCAACCCCGCCCACGCUGCGCCGCUGCCGCCGCCACCCGUCUCCGCCUCAGACCGGGGCUCGGCUCGGAGAGAGUGCAGCUUCAGCCCCACAGCCAAACCAGUCCAGGAGGAGGAGCCUGGCGACAUCCCUGACAUCCAGCCCUUCUGCCUGGACGAGGAGGAGGAGGAGAAGGUGGAGGAGAAGGAGGAGGUGGAGGAGGAGAAAGAGGAGGAGGAUAGGGUGGAGCCGCCCAGCCCCCCAUCACCACCCCCCCACCGUCCCAAGCAGACAGAGAGUCCAGACGGGACCGAGCUGAGUCGGGAAGAGCCAGAACCCAACGGCAACGUGAUGGAGGUCCAGACGCCCGGAGACAGCAACGGACAGAUGGAGGAGGUUCUCCUGCUGGAUGUUCCAGCUCCGGAUCUGCAGCCUCAAGAGAAACUGCUCAUCGACCUAACCAACACCCCGGAUCUGAUCAAGACCGGCGGCAAGACUGCCUCCGCGGCUCAGCUGAUCGACCUGAGCUCUCCUCUGAUCAAGUGGAGUCCUGAGGAGAAGGGCGAGAACACGGCGCCGCUCAUCAACCUGUCCUUCUGACCCCGCCCUGCUCAUCAACCUGUCCUCCUGACCCCGCCCCGCUCAUCAACCUGUCCCCCUGACCCCGCCCUGCUCAUCAACCUGUCCCCCUGACCCCGCCCCGCUCAUCAACCUGUCCCCCUGACC